UAGCAACGGUCGUUUAACUUUUAAAGCGAGUUGUGCUGUGGUGACUGGUGAGUGUUUAGGCGAAGAGUGCUCUUUGUCUCCUGUCAGUCUCCAUGAUAAUCUGCAAAGCUUCAAGUUUCGCAUUAGAAAUUCCACUCUUCCUAAAAAAUGAAAAUAGUUAUUUUGUAAAACAAGUGAGGCUAUAUCAUUAUAAGCCCAAAAUAUGCUGUUGUUCCUCAAUUGAGGGGAACGCCGCAAGUAGUCAGUUGACUAGUACAGUUAUUGUUGAUGAUGAUGAUAGUAAAAAGAAGAAAAAGAAGUUGAAGUUGAAAAGAGAAGAAGGAGAAGGAGAAAGAGAAAGAAAGGUGAAUUGUGAAGUGGAAGUGGUAUCGUGGCGGGAAAGAAGAAUAAAUGCCCAAAUAACUGUCUAUGCGGAUAUUCAAUCUGUGUGGAAUGCUCUUACUGACUAUGAGCGCCUCGCUGAUUUUAUACCCAAUCUUAUUUGCAGUGGGAGAAUUCCUUGCCCUCAUCCUGGGCGGAUAUGGUUGGAGCAGAGAGGCUUGCAAAGGGCACUCUAUUGGCAUAUUGAAGCUCGUGUUGUCUUGGACCUCCAAGAAUUUCCCAUUUCUGCUAAUAAUCUCGAAUUACACUUUUCGAUGGUUGAUGGGGACUUCAAGAAGUUUGAUGGCAAAUGGUCCUUAAAAUCAGGAACAAGGGCCGGAACGACAAUGUUAUCAUAUGAAGUUAACGUAAUCCCAAGGUUCAACUUUCCAGCUAUUUUCUUGGAGAGGAUUAUUAGAUCAGAUCUUCCUCUGAAUCUUCAAGCUUUGGCUGGUCGAGCUGAGAGAACUUUUGAGGGGAAUCAAAAGACAUCAAUUGCAGAAAGUGGAAAAUCCAUGGCCAUAUCUACUUUUCAUGGCCCGGGAUUAAAUGGUUCUUCUUGUGAGAAGAGAAAUAUGUCGGCCGGAGAUUUAAAUGAAAGUUAUCAAAGCUCACAUUUUGGUCCUGUUCCAUCAUCUUCAAGUGACCUAAAUACCAAUUGGGGUGUGUUUGGGAAAGUUUGCAGCCUCGAUAGACCUUCCAUAGCGGAUGAAGUUCAUCUGCGCAGAUAUGAUGGUUUAUUGGAAGAUGGAGGGGUUCACCGCUGUGUUGUUGCUAGCAUAACUGUAAAAGCUCCUGUUCGUGAAGUCUGGAAAGUUUUGACAGCUUAUGAGAGUCUUCCUGAGAUAGUUCCCAACUUGGCUAUUAGUAAGAUUUUAUUGCGAGAAAACAACAAAGUCCGAAUACUUCAGGAAGGAUGCAAAGGCCUAUUAUACAUGGUACUUCAUGCACGUGUUGUUCUAGAUUUAUGUGAACAUCUUGAACAGGAGAUCAGUUUUGAGCAGGCAGAAGGGGAUUUCGACUCCUUCCAGGGAAAAUGGCUUCUGGAGCAAUUAGGAAGUCAUCACACACUACUGAAAUACACUGUUAAUUCAAAAAUGCACAAAGAUUCCUUUCUUUCAGAAGCUAUCAUGGAGGAGGUUAUAUAUGAAGAUCUCCCAUCAAAUAUGUGUGCAAUUCGAGAUUACAUUGAGAAAAGGGAAGACAAAAUCUCAUUGGAAAUGCAUCUUCUAGGACAAUAUUCCAAGGAAUUAGAAUCAUCUAAUUGUGACAUCGAUACUAAAUAUGGCAAUGCAACUGGGGACAUUGUUGAUUUAAAUAACCCAAACUCGGUUAGACAAAGGCCUAGGGUGCCAGGCUUGCAGAGGGACAUUGAAGUUCUCAAAUCUGAGCUUCUGAAAUUUAUAUCAGAGCACGGGCAGGAAGGAUUUAUGCCCAUGAGAAAGCAGCUUCGUAUGCAUGGUAGAGUGGAUAUUGAGAAGGCCAUAACACGCAUGGGUGGAUUUAGAAGGAUUGCUUCAUUGAUGAAUCUUUCUCUCGCAUACAAGCGCCGGAAACCAAAGGGCUACUGGGACAAUCUCGAGAAUCUGCAGGAAGAGAUUGGUCGAUUUCAGCUGAGCUGGGGAAUGGACCCCUCAUUUAUGCCAAGCAGAAAAUCUUUUGAGCGAGCUGGGCGUUAUGAUAUUGCACGAGCUUUGGAGAAAUGGGGGGGACUCCAUGAAGUUUCUCGUCUUCUGGCACUAAAGGUUAGGCACCCUAAUAGACAGGCGAAUGUUAUCAAGGAUAAGAAAAUUGAUUAUACAACAUCUACCAAUGUGGAAGGGGAAGAUGGUAUAUCAAAAACAUAUGUAUCACAAGAUACAGAAAAAUGGCUUACGAAACUGAAAGAUUUGGACAUUAACUGGGGUGAAUAAAAAUGCUGUUUGAUUGCCCUUCAUAGUAUCCGUCCCUUGGCUCUUCUAAUCUUUUCUUCUUGCAGCCUCUCUGCUACAUUAUUCCAUGAUUUGAUACGUCAGAUCUCUUUUUCCAUGCAACAUGGAUAAUUUUCCCAAGCAUUUAAGCUGCAAAUGAUGCUUGUUGUAUUGUGAUAGUCUAAGAACUGAAGAGAAAUGCCUUGUAGAUUUUGAAAAUGAUAAGCACUUACUUUUACUGA